AUGAAGUCUGAUUGGGACGUCUUUCAGAGGACAGGAGAGCAGCAUAGAUGGGAAGAACUAAACUCACCUCACACAACCCUGAAAGAAGCCGAGGUGUCCUCUCGAUCUGUGACCGCAAAGAAGCCUGCACACAUUGUGUCAUUAGAGAGGUGUCCGAGCCGCAGUCCUUCCUCAGAUACUACUGAUCCAAGAGAUUCCUCACAAUACAUGAACUCUGGAGGUGACGAUGAGGAAGUGUCUGCAGAGGAUGAAGGUGACUCUUCACCAAGACAUCAAGAUCUUUCAGAUCACACUAACAGCAGACAUCAAGCCUUGAGAGGAGAUGUUGUAAUUCAAGAACAGCAUGUAAUAUCCUUUCAAACCAAAGGUGGCACACACAAGCAGGUCAACACACAGGAACCUGGAAGGUCUUACUCUCACGAAUCCCCUAACAGGCUCUCCAUGGAAGGAUUUUGUCAUCUUCUGCACAGCAUUGAGCGACGUCUCAGUGCUAAAGACAUGAACCUCUACAGAAGCACAGUCCAUGAGCAGAAACUCGAGGAUAUCAUCAGUAUAUGUGGUCAGUGUGGGCGUCUGGAUGGUGUGGAAGUGCAUGUGUGUGGUGCUGUGGUUCUGCAGCAGCUGCCCCUGUUGUCCUGCAGUCUAUCUCACGGAUGCCUGUUACCCAGUGAUCUGAUCAACACUCACUGGUCAUCAGCUACAAAACCAGAACAGAUCAGGUCGUGUCUGUCAGCUGAUAGUGCUCUGCUGUGGGACUGCUGCUUCAGACACUUCUUACAGCUUCAGCAACAGAAAAUCCUCAGCAUCGACCACAUCAUCCAGCUCUUCACUCCCCUCCUAGUGCCAAAUAAUGCCACCUACACUGAGAAGGCAGGGGAGCUUUUGAAGAGGCUUCUGACCCACGAACCUGAGAACCAUCAGCCGUCAGAAAGUGAACUGUCAUCUUCUUGCAGCUUGCCCUCUCUUCUGGAUGACAGUGUGGAAAUCAAGCCCGCCAGGCCUUCCACAACAAGAGAGCAAACUGUUGGAGCACAAGGAAUUCAAAGUGCUGAAGAGGACAGUGCCGACCAAAGCCCAGUGGAAAGUAUUCCUAUUAGAGAGACCAAAGCAUAUCAGCUGCUUAAACAGUCUGUGGCACAAGAGAGGCACUGGAGUGACUCAGAGGAGGAGGAUUCUGAGCCGUCAGACAUUAACAAAUUGGAGAGGUCUGAGGCGCUCCGGGAGUCUUUAGCACAAAAUAGCAGGAAGACUGCAGAAAAUAAAGCUUUCUCUGCUGUCCAGUCAAAGGCAUUUUGGGGAGAAUCAGAUGACAGCAAUUCAGAGAUCGAAAUGGCCUUGCGUCCUCAGUCCCGCAACACCAGCAGCCAUGACUUUGAUGAUUUUUAUGAUUAACGUUUCUCUUUUGAGUGUUCACACUGUCAAGUUUUUAUUGUUGUUGUUGUUUUUUUUCAUUGAGCCGUUAAUAUGUUUGAAAGAGAUGCCUUUAUACGAUCGCAAAACAAACAAAAAUCUUCACUGAGGAAUGAGUGCGACAUUCCACGAAAACAAAAAAGAGCCAUCCUCUUUAUUGUGGCCAAAGACUGUGAAGGGUUUUCAAAACAUGUCGGUGUUAACCCUGCUUGAAUCUCUUUAGCUGAACAACACUUGGACCUGGUUGAAAUAGAUUAAACUUGGUUUUUAAAG